GCUCCAGCUCCAUGCGGGGACAUGUGAGAAGCCUCCCACAAGGAUGGUAAAACAUCAAAACAUCCGGGCGUCCCCUGGGCAACGUCCUUGCAGACGGCCAAUUUUCUCACUCCAGAUGCACCUCAAGUUGCUCCUGACACGAAAAAAAAGUAUUAUGGGAUGGUGGGAGCUAUAAUUUUGGUGAGACACCCCCACUCAUAUGCAGAGAAGACUACAGACCUUUCAAAACUAUAUUGUAUGUAAACUAUAUAUAAGAGGCUUCUUGAGGCAAAAUAUAUCUAAUUGUCUUUAAAGCUUACUCUUAUGUCUCUGUACUUCUUGAGGCAAAUUGAAGCCUCAUGAUGCUCCCUUCUCAGAGGGUUGAGGGUUCCAACCAGUAUUAAAAAAACUCUAAAACCAGGACAGUAAAUAAAGAACAACACUCUGAAAAUGGGAAUUCCAGACAGGAAACCAUCAGGGCCAGCCGACACUUCCCAACAAAGGAUUCCCCCCGGAAGAAAUCAGCCAGGCUUUGAAACUGCAGGGUUUUUCAGUGCUAAUCAAGCCUGCUGUAUCGGUAGGGAAUGUUGGCCAGCUGGCUGUAGAUCUAGUUAUUUCCACUCUUGGCAUGUCUAAAGUUGGGUACUUUUAUACCGAUUGUCUUGUGCCAAUGAUUGGAAAUAAUCCAUAUGCAACAACAGAAGAUAAUGCAACAGAGCUGUGUAUAAAUGCUGAAGUUUAUGCAGCUCCUUCUAAAGAACUGGUAGUUAUACAGCUCAGAUCUCCGUUCAUAAAGAAUAAAUACAGACCCUUCUGUCAAACAAUUCUUGCCUGGGUGAAAAGUUGUGAAUUUGCCAAAAUUGUUCUUUUGUCCAGCAGUCAUGCUUACCAACGCAAUGAUCAACAACUUCAUGGUACCUCACUACGAUAUUUGUUGUCACCCACUGUUGAGAAAAUGAUUGGAGACAUAAUGGAGAGAUUAAGUGGCAAAGAAUUGGAGCAAGUAGCAGCUUUUCCCGGAGUAAAUGAUGAUGAUAAAGUGUUCUAUGUUCCAGGAGGUGGAAUCACAAAACUGUUAUUCACAGAGAGUUGUUCAGAAGGCAUUCCCAUGGUAGUCUUGCUAAAAUUUUGCUCAGAGGGGGACAAUAUCCCCGAUGCCCUUGCGCUAGUUGACUAUCUUAAUGAAUGGCUUCAUCUUACUACCUUGCAAGCCAUACAGAGGGACAGGCAGUUGAAGAUAAGCAUCUUAUCUGGUCUGCAGCAACAACUAGCAGUGCUUCUGACUGAUGUAAUACUAUCAGGAACUACAGGACUUGUUGAUAAUGAAGACAUGUUUACUUGGAAAAAAAACAGGUCAUUAACCCUAACUUCAAGAAAGACUGAAAAGAAAUAUAACCACAGUUAAAAACCAAGUAAUGUCAGACAACUAUCUGAAUUUUUUAAAAAGAAAACCCGCAGUUUAAUGCAUGGUAACUUUGGUUCUAAUUUUACUCUUUUUUAAAGAAGUAAAUGAUUUUCUUUGAAGGCUAACCUGAAACAUUUCUUUACAAAUCAUCACACUUCUACUGACAAGUAGAGAAACUGCCCUCAAUUCUUUUCCUAUACAAAAAUCUAGGCAAGCUAAGAGUUUCCAAGACAAAGCAAUUUUAUACUAAAAAUACCUGAAGAUAUUUGAUUCAGACUAUUUUCCUACAAACAGAACCACAAUGAAUGUGUAUUAUAAAAACUAUUUAAAAAUUAAAUACGGUUUCCUUCAAAGCAAAUUGUUUAUCAUCCCUGGAAAUUAAAGCACUAAGAUUUUCUUUUCAUGUAUCAAUUUAUUGGAAGUCAAAUGUUUCUGUUGGACAGAAACCAAAGUCUUUGUAAACACUACAUGCCAUUUGCCAACAGGAAAAAACUUAUGAUCUUGUUAUAGUAAAUCACACAUACUGGUACUACUGUUCUCGGAAAUAUGAUGUCAGUAAGUAGUGCUUUAACCAUUGAAUCACCAAGUAGUUGUAGUUUGAUUUAAUAUAUAAGCAAUUAUUUUGUUUCAUUUUCGUACUUCAGGCCAUCAGUAUAAUAAACCUAAACUUCUAAAGCUAUGUAUUAACUACCACUACCAUACAAAAUGCCCCACAGUUUCUUAAAUUUCUGCUACUAUACCCAGAGAUAUUGAAACAGUCAUCCCCUACAUCUGGACAGAGAGGCAUGCAGACAAGAAAUAUUUCCUUAUUUCAAUUGAAUUCUAGUAUGCUGAGCCUUUCUUCCAGCACUAGCUACAUAACCACAAGUCACACUAAAAUGUCAUUUCCUCUAAUCAUUAUUAUUAUCUUUAUUUAUAUUCUGCCCUUCUCCCCAUGGGGACUCAAGGCGGCUAACAUCUAAAAAAGAGCAAUAUAAAAGUUAAAAAACAAUUAAAUAAUAACAGUAUGGUAAAAACAUAAUUAAAAUAUAGCCAAUACAUUAAAAUGUCCUUUAAAACUCAUAUCCUCUUAACCACAGAAAAGAGAUCAGAAUUUCACAGACGAUAUGCUAAUUUUGUUAUGUCCUUGUAGUUAAUUGGGAGAUAAACUUUACCUACCCUGUUUCCCCGAAAGUAAGACCUCCUCUGAAAGUAAGACCUAGUAGAGGUUUUGCUGAAUUGCUAAAUAUAAGUCCUGUUGACUUAUGGUGACACCAUUAAUUUCAUAGAGGUAUCCUAAGCCAGUUACUCCCUCUGAAAUAUAGCCUACAGCACAUCAUGUAGGAAAUAAAUAAAGGUGCUCAGUGGUUUAUGUCUUUAAAAAGAUGUGCUACUGUUACAUAUAAAUUAAGGCAUACCUCAGUGUGAGAAGGAAAACAGUGUUCUCAACCCAGUGAUGACAUUACAUGGUAAAUGCAGAGGACAAAGCAUUUGCCUGAAAGAACCAAUACCCUGUUUCCCUGAAAAUAAGACAUCCCCAGAAAAUAAGACCUAGUAGAGGUUUUGCUGAAUUGCUAAAUAUAAGGCCUCCCCUGAAAGUAAGACCUAGCAAAGUUUUUGUUUGGAAGCAUGCACGCCAAACAGAACACCAGAGUAUGCGGUAUUGGUAAAUGUACGUACCAUAGAUUGUUGUAUAUGGAAAUAAUGGUAGUAACAAGAAAUUAUUGAUAGGAUUCACAGUUUGUCUGGUUAUGCUGGUUUGUGAUGACAACUAGUGCACAGUAUAUAAUAAAUGUUCAAUUUUUUGUUCAACAGUAAAUGUAAAUUCUUUUUCAUGGAAAAAUAAGACAUCCCCUGAAAAUAUGACCUAACACAUCUUUUGAGAGAAAAAUUAAUAUAAGACACUGCUUUAUUUUCAGGGAAACAGGGUAUCUGAAUUCAACAAGAUAAAAGAAGAGUAGAAAAUUGCAUUUUACUUAUUGGUGGAUUGCAAUAUUCCAGGCCAAGCAUUUUUUCACCACUGUCUGCUUCCUAGCAAAUGAAAUGCUAAAUGUUUUACUGCCGGUAUAUAAUGGUAUGUACACAUAAUUAAGGUUUAUUAUUCAAGUAAAAGUUUAUGUAAACACACCCUUCUAAAAGCAAUUAUAACAAAGCACUUUGCUAAGUAUAACAGUUUCUAAUCUGUCAGUACUGGUCCAUAAACCAUUAAUCUUAGAAAGGUCUUACAGACUUCAGCAGGAUUUUAGAAGUAUUUAUCAGGCAUUCUUAUAUCCUUGGAGCUUGUCAGAAACAUUAAAACAGAAUACUGAAUUUAUCCUACUUCCAGCAAAAUAAUUUCUGAAGGUAACUGUGACAAGUGGUAGCAAUACUAUAUUUGUACUUACUUAAAAGUGUCUAGUUAAUCCUUUAAACAUCUACAGCCAGUAAUUAUAUUCUAGUCAAAAAUACAAUGGACUGUAUGAGAAUCAUGCAUACGAUUAUGCCCACUAAGUGAAAUAGCUAACAAAAGUUCCAGGCAAUCAUAAUAUAGGGAGUUAAGAGAUACCUAACCGAAAAGCUGCCUUUAGCUCAGUUGGAAAUUUAGACAAUAAUAUUGGACAACAGGGGAUUCUAGCAGCAGCUUUGCUGAAACAUGAAAGUUCUGAUCAGCACAUGAGCAGAAGAGGCAUCCUAUGUUUAACUGCACACUAUUUUGAAUUCCAUAUAAAAGAGGCAGAAUAUUAAUCAUUGCAAAAAGGGAUUAUCAUUUCUGCAGAAGGCUUAUGACUGUUUAUUUUUAUGUCAGUAACUGAGCUGAAAUUUAUACUUAAAGAAUAAUUUAAGUCAUCAAUUCAAAAAUCUAUUUAAAUUUUUAAGCAAAACUCCUUAAAACUAAGGAAAUUCAAGAUUCAAUGGGCACAUUAGUAAACCAUAUACAAAUCGCUGAAUUGCAGAGCAACACCCUAGAAAACAUGGUUACAAGCUCAUGAAAUGGUUAUGAAUGUUUCCAAUAGACUUUUCUUUGCCUGGAUUUCUCAGAUAGAAACUCUUACAUGAUAAUCUACAGAUCAUUGCCCUGAGAGACUUGGAAGCUAUUUUCCAAAGGAUUACAUUCUCCCUAAAAGAUUGUAUUGCACCUUGGGAGUGCACCUAGAUCCAUCUCUCCAAAUGUCAGCCCAAGUAGAUGUGAUGGUCAGGAGUGCUUUGGCUGAUAGUACAGCUGCAUCCUUUCCUAGAUUUGGAGGACUUAAAGAUGGUAGUGCACGCUUCAAGGUUGGACAGUACUACUUUUGUACCAACCUCGGAAACUUUAGCUGAAUCAAAAUAUGGCAGUCAGAAUGGUUACAGGAACAUCCAGGAGUGAGCAUAUUACACCUAUCCUAAAAGCAUUCCACUAGCUAUCAAUUAAUUAAUUUCCAUGCCAAGUACAAAUUGUUGGGAGGCGGCUACUCCAACUUACCAGAACACGACUGGCAACCAUCACCCAGAGGACCUUUUCAUCGGCCACACUAAGACUUUGGAACGACCUGCCAGAAGAGCUGUUGGAAUUUUAAACACAUCUGAAGACCUAUCUCUUCAGGCAGGCCUACCCAGCCUGUUUUAAUCAUGAAUUUUAAACUCGGGCCCUGUGUUUUAAUAUUUAUUCUGUGUAUUUUAAUAUGUAUUUCAUAGAAAUACAUUUUAAUAUGCAUAUUUUAUAGAAUGCUUACAAUGAUUAUGUGUUUAACUAUGUUGUAACCAGCCACGAGAAGCAAGUAAGAAAUAAAAUUAUCUAAUUAAAUUUCUAGAUACAUGUUUAUGCUGUUGGUUUUGCUCUCUGAUUUUCAACUAGAAAGUGAAAGAGCUCACUCAGUUUUCAAUGUUAAACAAUGUUUGGGUCUACUCCAGUUGUUCAAUUUCUCCAUAUUUCUAUAGAUUCCCUGCUUCAAAUUGCUAGUCAGUGUGAAAAGUGACAUUCAAAAUAAGAUAAGGUGAUGAUUAUUGACUUUAUCUAUAUAUAUAAUAAAAGUGAAUGUUUGUAUGCGA